UAUGUGGUCAUCCUGGUAUUGAGGCCAACAGAGAACUGGUCUUAUUGGUGGCCCACUUAUCUAGGGAUGUCGGUUCUUUUGUCUAGGGAUGUCGGUUCGCUUGCGAGGUAUGUGCCAAAUCCAAGACUCCUAGAACACGCCCUGCUGGUGAAUUACGACCAUUACCCAUUCUAUGGAUUUCAUUACUGACUUGCGACCCUCUGAGGGUAAAUCUGUGGUUUGGGUAGUGGUCGAUAGGUUUAGUAAGAUGGUACAUUUUGUUCCUCUGGCUAAGCUCCCAAAUGCCAAGACUCUGGCUUCUGUUUUUGUUGAGCAGGUGGUACGAUUACAUGGAAUUCCGGAGAAAAUUGUAUCUGUACAGGGGUGUUCAGUUUGUUUCCAAGUUUUGGAGAGCCUUUUGUCAGAGGUGUGAGAUAUCAUUGUCCUUUUCAUCCUGAGACUAAUGGACAGACUGAACGAUUGAACGAUUAAAUCAGGCUGUGGAACAAUUUCUAAGAUCUUACAUCUCUGACAAUCAGCAAUUAUGGAUGAAAUAUCUUCCUUUGGCAGAGUUCACCAUCAAUAACCGUGUGAACUCUUCCACUGGAGUCUCGCCGUUCUUCUGUAAUUUUGGUUUCCAUCCUCAAUUUAAUUCUUGCUCAUCGAUUUCCUCACCUAACCCUGAAGCUGAUAGCGUAACUUCAGAACUGUGCACAGUUUGGUCUCGGGUUCAGUCGAACCUGGAAAGAGCUCAGGAAGUUCAAAAAUUUAAAGCCAAUAGGAAGCAUUCCAAAGUGGUAUAUUUAAAAGUUGGGGAGAAAGUCUGGUUGUCCACAAAAAAUGUGUCCUUAAAAGUGUCUUCUAGGAAAUUUGCGCCACCUAUUUGUUGGACCGUAUGAAAUUCUCGACCUCAUUAAUGCUGUAUCUUUUAGGUUGAAGCUGCCAGACUCUUUUCGUAUCAACAACGUAUUUCAUAAAUCUCUGCUGAUAAUGAUGUCAUGUCUGAUACACCCUGUGUGGUAAGAAGUCUGUCUUCGGUAGAGGGAGAAGAGGUCCUCCUUAAGGUGGAUCUGGCUGACUUGUCGGAGGUGUCCUGGGUGACUCGUCCUGGUAACUAUCACAUUGCCAGAACUUACAUUGGUGGGAAGAUUUAUAUACGAGGCAAUAACUAUAAAGGAAGGCUUUCUGGCGAGAGUGAUGGCUCUUUAAGGAUCAGCAACUUAUCAAGAGAUGACCAAGGGCUCUACAGAGCAAACCAAAGGGGGCCAGAAAGUCUUCAGUGCUUGGAGUAUUAUCUCCAGGUCUACAAGCAGGUCUCAGAGGACGAUUUGCAGAUCUUUUACUCAGUGUCCAGGCGCGAGGUCUGUAGUGUGAAUAUAACCUGCGCUGUACAAAGAUCAGAUCUGACGGUUACCUGGAUCAGCUCUGAAGGUGACAUCAUUGUAAAUGGCAAUGUCAUUUCUAUACAUGACCCCAGUAGAAAUGCCAUCUACACCUGUACAGCAGGGAACCCCAGCAACAACCGCUCCAUAUCUGUCAACCCCUGGAGUCAGUGUGACAAAGGGAGAAGACACACAAGAAAUCGGGCGGAUUACACCUGGAACAAUAUCGGACGUCUUAUACUAUCUGGGUGUAUACUGGUCCUCACUUGCUGUUUUUUUACAUGUCACUUGAAGACAGAAAGGAAUAUAUAACUGUAAAUAUGUGGAUGAUUCGUGGUGAACUUUAUAACUAAGAGCAGACAACAUCAUUGGUCCUGGCCACCCCUAAUAAAUACCUUCUUCUGUAGUGGAGCAGCCUGGCAUUAAUGUUGCCAAGCAGUGCCAAUACCAAUCGGAAGGUGAGCUUUUUGUUCUCCAUCUCAAGAAAUGUAUGAAGAUCCCUUUUGUGUAUAAUAAAAUGCACCGAAUUGAUUUUAUUUUACAUAAAUUUACUCUUUUAUAUUGCUUUUAGCUUUAAAGGUACUUUAUACUGCAGUAUGCCUUUUUUGCAUAUUUAGCUUCACUUUACUUUUCUACAUAAUAAACUUGCUUGUACUGUUAUUGUUCUUGCUUAAUUUUUUUAUACCAUAUCUAAUGCUGUUUGUUUUUUUAGGUCCAUAGAGAAUGGCAGUUUUUACCCCUUAUUGGCCCAAUUGAAAUGCCCUGAAUUUAUGAAAAGUGUGUGUGGGGGGAGGGAAAGGUCUAAGGAGUCAUAAGAGGUGCCAGAGUGUCCCUAGCAUGGUAGAACAAGUUAGGUGAAGCAGAAGGAGUAGUUAGUUUGGUAGUAGAGGUAAAUGGCAUUGGCCACAUUUCCAGUGUCACUAGAUUGUCUGGCAUGGGGAGGGUGAGCCCUUGUUCA